AUGCCCACCUUCCGAAUUUUAGAAUGCCAGAAAGCAGAGCGGAAGUCCGAGCACAAGGGCCCCGUCGGUGGGCACCAUCAUGGCGAGUCCGCUGGCAAGCACGACCCUGAUCACAAGCACAAGGCCAAGUCUGCUGAUGAUCACGACCACAAGCACGACCACGGCCCUGACGACAAGGACAAACACGGGCACGAAGGCAAGCAUCAAGUUCGCGGUGAGCAUGGAGACAAACCCCAUGCCAGGUCCAACGACAAGCACGACGACGCCGUACGCGCUGUGCCUUCUCACGUGCAUGAGGGCCUGCACAAGUUCAGGUCCGUUCCCGACCAUCAUUUCCACACCCACCCUACCCCCCGCCUCAUGGCAAGCACAGCGAGGGUGUUUCCAAGCAUCAUGGGGAGCAAGAGCGCACUCGCGAACCCGAACACCCUGGCAAGCACGCGGUCAAGUCUACUACCGAGCAGCAAGGCAAGCAUGGGGUCAAGCCCCAUGCCAAGCACCACGACAAGCACGUCGGCACCGUACACUCUGUACCCUUGAACGUGCUUGCUGGCCAGCACAAGUUCAGUACCGUUCCCGGCCAACAUAGUCCGUACGACGACAUGCCUAUUACCCAGCGUCACGGCAAGCACGGCGUCGAGCCUGAUUCCAAGCAUCAUCAUGGCGAGCACGAGCACGAUCACCGCGGGAAGAAGGCUCCCAAGGAUUUCAAGCCCGAGUUCGUCCCCGCGUACAAGCCGACUGCCGAGUCCGAAACUCAUCACGGUCACGAUAAGGGGACGGCUCAACACGAGGGCCAUGGUAAGACGUCUGCUGAGGCGCCGCAUGGCGCGCAUGGGAGCGAUAAGAAGGCCCCUGGCACUCCCAAGGAAGGCUCUAAGAAGCAGCCCGAGAAACAACCCAGGCCUGCCCCCAAAUCUGGCGACAAGGGGAACCCUUCGGCCAAGUCCGCCGCCGGACACGCUGCCGAGACGCCCAAGGGCGGAGUAACAGCCGCCCAGUGCGAGGCCAAGGCUCUCGAUAAAUCUAAGGUCAGUCCCGUCGUCUGCCCCUGCAUCUGGUUAGAUAAAGCUCCAUGUCAUGGUACCUCAGACUGACAAGCCGCGAUGAUCCUACAGUGCCACAAGGAUGAUCUCAAAUGCAUUUGCACCAGUCAGGAAUACCAUGGCUCGCUGAUGAGGUGCGGAGCAGCUGGUGAGCGCGUUCUUGUUGACCUCCUAUCCGCGCGCGAAACCCAUCGGCUCAAUUGGUACCGACUUCUUUCUUUCGUGCCAGCCAACACUGCCGCAUUCGAGGCUGGCGUUGACAAGUACCUCCAUGACUGCCAGAAGGCCGGCCACCCUGUGGCGCCUCUUCCCAAGGGCAAGCAAGGAGGCAAGCCGCAGCCCGGAGCCCACGGCGAAGCUGGCAAGAACCCCGCCAGUUCCAACUCGACGGACCAGCACCCCGCCAGUGGUCCUCCCGCCGCUCUUCCCAAGGGCAAGCCAGGUAGUGAGCCGCAGCCCGGAGCCCAAACCGAAGCUGGCGAGAACCCCGCCGGUUCCAACUCGACGGACCAGGGCCCGAAAGACAAGGAGCCCGCAGGUGCUUCUCCCGCCGACUCGAAUUUCCCCGCUUGCGCAAUCCCCUGCAUCUCCGUCGCUCAGAAAAAGACCAAGACCAACGUGAGUAUCCUCCGUGCGGUUGAGAGCUCGACGCGGAAUCAUUUCUGCGAAUCAUGAUCUCCCAGAAGCUGACAGCAUCUCGAUGGUCUGGACUGUUCAUGUUUUAGUGCACUACCGUUGCGUGUCAGUGCACAGAUUCGGUGUUCCAAACGCAAUUCACGGCAUGCAUGAGCCAGAGUGAGCAACCGUCUCCGGUUCUUCGCUGCAGCGGAACCUUAGAGGAGGAGCUGACAUGGUCGUUGAUUGCUCGUCCAGCUUGCAACAAAGUGGACUACAACAAGACUAUUGAUGUCGGCAAACAGGCCUGCAAUGCGGCCAACAACACGACGACGGGCGGUGACGGCUCGAACAAUGACAACCCGAACAGCAACACCAACCCCGGCACACCCCCUCCCUCGACGCCGGGUGUACAAAACAACACCUCCUCGGCAUUUGGCUUGCGCUCCUCCGUUGGAGCGGUCUUGGCUGGUGCGAUUGGUGUAGCCUUCGCGACGUUGUUGUAG